GUGUAUAUAUAUAAGAAAAGGAUGUUCUUUUGAUAAAUAACUUGCCUUUCAUUCAUCACAUCUCAGCCUGACCCUCCCCAAACUCUCUCAGAUCUCUUCGAUCCGGUGAGAUCUCUCUUCCAAAGGAAAAAAAAAGGGAGUUUUAGUUGCAUCAAAGAUGAAGGCACUCAUUCUUGUUGGAGGGUUCGGUACUCGCUUGAGACCACUGACUCUCAGCUUCCCAAAGCCGCUCGUUGAUUUUGCUAACAAACCCAUGAUCCUUCAUCAGAUAGAGGCGCUCAAGGCAGUAGGAGUUGAUGAAGUGGUUUUAGCCAUCAAUUACCAGCCAGAGGUGAUGCUUAACUUCUUGAAGGACUUUGAGGCGAAGCUGGAAAUCAAAAUCACUUGCUCACAGGAGACUGAGCCUAUGGGUACUGCUGGUCCUCUGGCUCUAGCUAGAGACAAAUUGGUUGAUGGAUCUGGAGAGCCUUUCUUUGUGCUCAACAGUGAUGUGAUCAGUGAGUACCCGCUCAGUGAAAUGAUUGAGUUUCACAAAGCUCAUGGUGGUGAAGCCUCCAUUAUGGUCACAAAGGUUGAUGAACCGUCGAAGUAUGGAGUUGUGGUGAUGGAAGAAACAACAGGAAAGGUUGAAAAGUUUGUGGAGAAGCCAAAGCUGUAUGUAGGCAACAAGAUCAACGCUGGGAUCUACCUUCUAAACCCCUCUGUUCUUGACAAGAUUGAGCUAAGACCAACGUCAAUAGAGAAAGAGACCUUCCCCAAGAUUGCAGCAGCUCAAGGGCUAUAUGCGAUGGUGCUACCUGGAUUCUGGAUGGACAUUGGACAACCCAAGGACUACAUAACGGGCUUAAGACUCUACUUAGACUCUCUGAGGAAGAAAUCUCCAGCGAAGCUAACCACCGGUGCACACAUUGUUGGGAAUGUUUUGGUGGAUGAAACCGCUAAGAUUGGGGAAGGGUGUUUGAUAGGACCGGACGUGGCUAUUGGUCCGGGGUGCGUUGUUGAGUCAGGGGUGAGGCUCUCGCGGUGCACGGUGAUGCGUGGGGUGAGGAUCAAGAAGCAUGCGUGUGUCUCGAGUAGUAUCAUUGGGUGGCACUCGACGGUGGGGCAGUGGGCGAGGAUUGAGAAUAUGACGAUACUUGGGGAAGAUGUUCAUGUGGGUGAUGAGAUUUAUACUAAUGGAGGAGUUGUUUUGCCACAUAAGGAGAUCAAAUCCAACAUCUUGAAGCCAGAGAUAGUCAUGUGAUAUGAUAUCUAUGUUGGAACUUUGUGUGUGUUUUGAAUCUUUCAACUUUGUGCUUUUGUUAUUCUUAUUGGAUUGAAUAAAGGAAAAAAAAAUGCUGUAUAUCUUGUUGUUAGGGUUUAUGCCUUUUGGUGUUUUUGUCUCUAUAACUUGUCAAACGGUUCUCAAUUAUUUGAAGUUUUGUAACUUAAUCAACACAUUUUAUCAA